AUGAGUGACAAGCAAAUUUCAAAAAUUGAUCUGUCUGAGUCAGAACAGCCAUGAUAUGAAAAAAGCUCAAUUACUCAAAAGUAUCCGCGCUAUUCAACCCCUCAAGUUCCCUCAUAUGGAGGAUUUUGCGAUUUAAUUAACAGCCAAAGGCGUGGAUCAUUGAAAACUGAAAUGCUACCUCAACCUCAAAAAGAACUUACUUCCACCCCUUUAAAUUGGAACAAAAAUCCAGCUCCAAUUUUAUUUUUUUUUAAAUUUUUAAAGUCUUCAAAAAAAAAUAUAAAUUUAGCAGAUUAUUUUGAAUUUUAAUUUAUUUUAUGAAGAAAUAAUAAAAAAUUUAUUAAUUAAAUGUUAAACUGUUUAAAUAACAUUUCACUGCCUUUCUAUUUAAUUAUUUUUAUAAAAUUAGUAUUUUCCAUCUUUAAUUUUUUUAAAAUUUUUAAAAACAAUAAAUUGAAUACAAUACUAUGAAUUUUAAUUUAUUUUUAUAAUAAAUUAAAUAAAAAAUCUCUAACUCACUGUGAAAACUAUUUAAAUAACAUUCUACAUGCACAUUGUAUAUUAAAUUAGGUUUAAAACUAAUUUUAUAAAAAUUAAUAUUUUUUUCAUCGAGAAAUUUACGAUUGAUAAACAAUUUAAAGCUAAAUUACCCAAAAAAUGCGGAUUUUGCUGAUGUUUUGUUCCAUUUAAAGGUGGAGUUAGUACAAAUUCAAAUAGCUCAUCCGAAGAUAGUCCAUUGCUUCAUAUAAUGCCAAACAACAUGCUUGGGUUCUCUUUCUUAUCAAUGCUUGAAAAAAAUGAAUCAAGUAAAAACACCCAUGAUGAAGAACCAAUGCGUCCUCCCAUAUAUUUUAAUUAUGAUCCGAACACAGUCCCAGAAGCAAUGGAAAGACUUGAGGAAAGCCCGUACAUAAACAACAAUGCAGAACUCCCAAUAUUUGAAAAUAUCUCAAACGACCACGACGGAGACACUAAAAGAAGAAAGGACAGAAGAGCUGCUACUGAAGUGUAUGAAAAUCCAAAUGUUCAUCUUCAAUACAAAAGAAUUAAGUAUCGAAAGAAUAGAAAUUAUGAGGACAGACUUAGACAGACUGAAAGUGUUGGCGACUUCAAGAUGAGCUUUGAAAGAGACAGAAUGGAUAUAGAUAAUUUAAGUCCUACAAGGAUCAACAAGAUGAAUAAUAACAACUUUUAA